AACUCCUGUGGAGUAAAACACUAUGAAUGUAAGGAAUGUGGAAAAGUCAUCAGCAAGAAGUCACGGCUCAUCGUCCAUCAGAGAACACACACAGGAGAGAAACCAUUCAAAUGCUGUGACUGUGGCAAAGCCUUUUCCCAGAAGUCACACCUCGUUACACACCAGACAGUUCACACAGGAGAAAAACGUUAUGGAUGUGAGUGUGGGAAGGCCUUCGCUAGAAAGUCACACCUCAUCACACACCAGAGAACUCACACGGGAGAGAAACCGUAUGGAUGCAGCGAGUGUAGCAAAGUGUUCUCUCAGACCUCACAGCUCAUCAUUCAUCAGCGAAGUCACACGGGAGAGAAACCCUAUGCCUGUAGUGAAUGUGGGAAAGCCUUUAGUGGGAAAUCACAACUUAUCACUCACAAGAGAACCCAUAUAGACGAAAAGCCCAACAAAUGCAGUGAGUGUGGGAAAGCCUUCAGAGAGAAGUCAGGUCUCAGUAAGCAUCAGAGAAUCCAUUCAGGAGAGAAGCCCUACGGGUGCAGUGAGUGCGGGAGAGCCUUCAGUGGGAAGUCACUGCUGCUUCGACAUCAGAAGACUCAUUCAGGAGAAAAGCCCUACGGAUGCAGCGAGUGCGGGAAAGCAUUUAUUUGGAAGUCACAGCUCCUCAUACAUCAGCGAACUCACACAGGAGGGAAGCCCUAUGGAUGCGACGAUUGUGGGAAAGCCUUCUCCCAGAAGUCACACCUCCUCAUACAUCAGAGAACUCACACAGGACAGAAACCCUAGGAACAGUGGACGUGGGGCGCCUGGGGGGGCUCAUUCGGUUAAGC